CAUUUUUUUGUUGAACUCCUCAACCUUGUUUACUGAGAACUUAAUCAUAUGAACACAUCCGGUCUCUUUCCUGUCGAGACGUGCACAGACACCUUUAAAUGGUGAUGAAUAACACAGAGCCACAAAGAGGAGAUCUGUUCCUACUUUAAAGACCUUGUGAACGGACUACGAACAUUUCCCCAGACCAUAAGAGAAAGCAGCCGCUAAGUGCAUCAUCAAACUUCCCUCACAAGAUGCUUCAACAAGAUCUUCAUAAAUACCUGUCCAAAACUGCUGUUUUCAGCUCUUUUCCAUUGAGCCUUUUGUUACUCGGACUGGAGAAGCUGAUUGAAUUAGAAUUUGUAUGUCCAUGUGGUCAGAGUGUACCACUAACAGUCUUCAUCUUCAUUGGACCUUCUCUUUUUACCUUUGCCUUAAUGUACAUCCUAUUAAGACCUUUUAAACAUGGAUGCAGUCGUUGUUGUGCUGCUGAUGAUGAUACUCACGAGAACUGUCCUAAAGCUUUUGUAUCUUGUCUGAUUCCACCUGUAAUGUGGGCCAUCAUCUUGUUACUCAAUGGUGAUUAUGUUGCAUGUGUCAUGACAGACUGGAAGGGGGUUUAUGUGUUUGACAAGGAGCUCAACAGGUCUUGGUGUAAACCCACUGAAGGGAUGAGAAAUGAGAUGGAGCUACGAGAGUUGACUCGCAAACAUAUUCUACAAUCUCAGGUUUCAGGUUAUAUCACGAUCUUUGUCCUCAGUGCUUUGACAAUUAUCGUAUUGGGUAUUCAUGACUGCUGCACACGUGGAAAACGUGGGACAUCGGAGGGACAAGAUAGGAGAGAUGGUGAAGAGGCUCUGUCUCUUACUUCUGUCAAGGCCCGUUCACACAAAUAACGAUAACUGGAAAGAUAAUUAUAACUAUAUUAUUGUCCAUACCAGCAGAUGAUGGGGUUGUGUUUAUUAUAAGCGUGUGUUGCAUGCACUGAUCUAUAUAAUUAACUGGAUAGCUCAUGGCGUUCUAGACAAGGGGGUAAUCCAUCAACCGGAAGUUGAAGCCUCGCGGGAGCCGCCAUCUUGUAGCAGAACUUCACUUG